AUAACAGGUGAUGAUGAGAUUUUUGUGUUGACCACCCACUGAAUUAGUGAAGAUGGGCCCAAGACUUGAGAAUAUGCUGACGUUGUGAGUAAGAAGAUGUACCGUAACAAAACGCCUACCGUUCAGAGUUCUACUUCUGGUAAUGCACCAAGUAAUCAAUCACAUGCAGAAUUAUUGAAAAAGAAACGUUCUCAUGCAGCAACUAGUUAUCUGCCAUACGUGAAUUCUACAGGGAAUGGAUCCGGUUCUAAUCCGAGUACAAAACGUACUCGUCUGCAAACUUCCAAUCAAGAAUGCCAAAAUUCUGUAGCAGAUGGACUGAAUUCUAGUAGUACUGUUGUCACCACAGAACGAACUACUACUGGGAUUAGAGUUAGUGCACGUCUUCAGCAACAAAGUGUUAAUGAUCAGCCAGUGGUAAACACCAUAGUUGAAGAGCGAGAUGAUAAUGUGAUGUCAGAUAUUAAUCAGGAGCCUCCUUCAGGUACAACCAAAAAGGUGCGAGGGAAGACAAGAGGAGUGAAUGCAGAUAAGGUGUUCUCCCAAUUGAAUUCUAAAAUACCUGUGACUCUGACCGAAGAAAAUGGUAGACCUACUGGCCCUUAUGCUGAGAUGUUUGCAAAUGAAAUUGGUUACACAAUUCGAAACUACGCCCCACUGAAUGUGGAAAAAUGGAAAAAGAUUGAAAAAGCAGAUGUGGAGAACUUGAUCAAAAGAAUGCAGAAUAAAUUUGAAUUUGAUAUGUCGCUCCCUUGGGUCCAGAGAUAUGUAAUUACAACAUGUCAGACCGUAUAUUGUAAUUUUCGCUAUAAGUUGAAGAAACAUUUUGAGCAGUUUUCAACAAUUGAGGAGGCAAUUCAAAACAAACAUGAAGCUGUCAAGACUCAGGAAGAAUGGGAGUUUCUUUGCACUCAUUUUUCUAGUGAAAAGUUUAAGAUUCGCUCAGAGAAGAAUGUUCUUAAUAGGUCAAAGUUGACAUAUCAUCACAAAGCUGGGUCAAAAUCAUUUAUGUCACACCAAGAGCAAAUUGCAACACAGACCGGAGAGAUGCAAGGUGCAAUUGAUCGUUUUGAAACAGAGUAUAGAAGUACAAAAAAAGGAUGGGACUUGGGAGCAAAGGAAAAAUGGGAUCAAAUGAUAAAGAUACGAGCAGAUACCACUCAACCUGAUGGAACUCGAACAAUGACAGAUGAGGAAAUUUGUGCAAAAGUUCUCAAAGUCAAAUCAGGCUACAUUAAGGGCUGUGGUUUUGGCCCUAGACCACCACCAUUAAGGUUCUCUCGUUCUUCAAUGAGUGAAAUGUCUGAAAAGAAUAAAGAGUUGCAAGAACAGCUUCAAGAGACCCAACAACUUGUAGGAACUCAACAACAAAAGAUCGAUGCGCAAAAUGAGGUAAUCCAAAGAUUGGAGGAGCAAGCCAAAAAGUUUAAGGAGUUUAUGGCUAAUUUUUCCGGGCAACAUCCAUCAGCUAAAUGUUUCUUUGAUCGUGUUGCAUUUGUUAUUGCUUUAGACUAG